AUGCCGCUCGACCGUCGCUUCACCUGGCUCGGCGCCAGCCGUCGUCUAGUAUAUGGGCUCGCAAGCCAUGAGAGCCCCAGACCUUUGGAUUACUAUUACUUCGGCGCCAGGCUCGGGCUUCGCACGCAAUCGCUACCGGCUUUCCCACCGCGUGAUCCCAAUAGAAACAAUGAAGAUAUCGGAACAACUGAUCCGGGCAUGGGUGAAUUUGCGAGCGAACGGAGCGCAGCGGUAGUUCAAGAGAGCAGACUACGUGUAGAACAACGUUCUGUCCGACCUGCAGGUGACAACGAUGAAGAGGAUAUGGAGAGAGAGAUAAAGGAAUACGAGAGACUACUCUUCGGACUUUUGGAAUUCUUAAGUGGUCCACAAACACUUAGUUACUCGGGACCGGGAGGAGUAAUACGAUAUUACACUGAAGUUGCGAGUUCUGUACGGAAGAACCACAUCGACAAAAAGACGUCGAGAGGCUAUCAGUCCAUUGAUGCGGACUGCCCAAUAUGCUAUGAACGGGAUUCUAUGGAGCGCGAUCAGCAGUCGCCCGAUAGAUCAGUGCAGGUGCAUGAUGUGUAG